AUGGAGCUGGAGCGGCCGGCGCCCGGCGAGGUGCACGUGAGCCAGGCCAUCCAGCCCGCGCACGCCAACCUCCGCGGAGAGCUGAGCGCCGCUCAGCUGCUCAAGUGGAUCGACGCUGCCGCCUGCCUGGCGGCUGAAAAACAUGCUGGGGUUUCCUGUGUUACAGCCUCAGUGGAUGACAUACAAUUUGAGGAGACAGCUAGAGUUGGACAAGUUAUAACCAUCAAAGCGAAAGUUACUAGAGCGUUCAGCACAAGCAUGGAGAUCAGCAUCAAGGUCACAGUACAGGACAUGUUCACUGGCAUUGAGAAACUUGUUAGUGUGGCUUUCUCUACGUUUGUAGCCAAACCAGUUGGAAAAGAAAAGAUUCAUUUAAAACCAGUCACACUUCUAACUGAACAAGAUCAUGUGGAACAUAAUCUGGCUUCUGAGAGAAGGAAAGUUCGAUUACAACAUGAAGAUACUUUUAAAAACUUGAUGAAGGAAAGUGGCAAGUUUGAUGAUCCCACUUGUGAUGAAGAAGAAGGAACCGUUUCCACGAGGGGCACCUCUGUGCAGAGCAUUGAACUUGUCCUCCCACCCCAUGCAAACCAUCAUGGAAAUACAUUUGGUGGCCAGAUCAUGGCUUGGAUGGAGACAGUGGCUACUAUUUCUGCAAGCCGCCUGUGUCGAGCGCAUCCCCUUCUGAAGUCCGUGGACAUGUUUAAGUUCCGGGGACCAUCUACAGUUGGAGAUCGUCUUGUCUUCAAUGCCAUUGUCAACAAUACAUUUCAGACCUGUGUCGAAGUGGGAGUGCGCGUGGAGGCCUUUGACUGCCAGGAGUGGUCUGGGGGCCAGGGCCGUCAUAUCAACAGUGCGUUUCUCAUUUAUAAUGCUGUCGAUGAUAAGGAAGAACUGAUCACAUUCCCCAGAAUCAAACCGAUGUCAAAGGAUGAUUUUAGACGGUAUCGUGGAGCUCUUGCACGCAAGAGAAUUCGCCUAGGCAGAAAAUACAUUAUUUCCCACAAAGGAGAGGUUCCACUUUGCAUACACUGGGAUACUGGCAACCAGGUAUCCUUGAGUAAUGGCAAUGUGGAGGCUCUCAAAAGCCUGGCGGCCAAAAGUGGUUGGGAGGUUACCAGUGCUGUGGAAAAGAUAAAAAUAUAUACUCUGGAAGAGCACAAUAUUUUAUCUGUUUGUGUUGAAAAGCAUGUGGAAAGACCAGCACACUUGGCUUAUCAUCUCUUGUCUGACUUUACCAAGCGACCUUUGUGGGACCCCCAUUACAUGUCCUGUGAAGUCAUAGACUGGGUAAGUGAAGAUGAUCAGAUAUAUUAUAUCACUUGUCCUGUGGUGAAUGAUGACAAACCCAAAGACUUGGUAGUACUUGUUUCACGAAGAAGGCCUCUCAAAGAUGGUCACACUUACACGGUGGCAGUGAGGUCAGUUAUUCUGCCAUCAGUCCCACCUUCUCCACAGUACAGCAGAAGUGAAAUCAUAAGUGCUGGAUUUCUCAUCCGUGCUAUUGACAGCAGUUCAUGUACCGUAUCUUACUUUAACCAGAUUUCUGCUAGCAUCCUUCCUUACUUUGCUGGAAAUCUUGGUGGCUGGUCAAAAUCCAUUGAAGAGACAGCAGCCUCCUGUAUACAAUUCAUAGAGAACACUACUGAUGAUGGGUUGAUAAGCAUAUUUUAAAUGAUAAACUUUAAAUUAUCUGUCAUUUUAUUUUCCACUUUCAAUUUCAAGCACCCUUAGCUCUGACACUUGACAAGCUUCUGGGCCACAAAUAAUUUAAUAUCAGUCUAAGCAAAAUGCAGUUAUGAAGAGGUUAAAAAACAAAAUGCAUCCCAAGUCCAAUACCAGUGAUUUGGGUUAACAUUAAAAGAGCUUUAAAACUCUGUUUUAGAUCACCCGUGGCUUUGCUCCCUUCCAGGGGCACAGGCAAUGGAAAAUUCCCACAUGCAAUAUUGUGUGUUCUGUAAAAUGGUGGAAGUUAGGUUAAAAUAAUCAAAACGUUUUUAGGCUACAUGUUCUGUUUGAAAGUUUACAAAAUUUUAUAAAAUCAGAAAUGAUAAGUUGGCUAGUUGAUUAAUAGUAUGGGGUUGUUCCAUGUACAGCAGGUAUCUGUAUGUCAAGAGCAUCUGACAAGAUGUAUUAUG